UAGUUUGGUUAAUUUAGGUGGAGCUUAAACUGGAGUUUCAUAAGGUUCUCUGCUGCACAGAUCCAGUAGCCUUACCAACAAACAGAUGGAGGGAAAAUUAUCAGAGGAGAAUGGCCACGCGUUACCAGCGCAUAAGGAGGGGGAAGAGGAGAUGGAGGUUACCAUGACAACGCAACUAGAAAAUCUCAUCGUAACCCCCGCCAAUGCAGACCCCUCAUCAAAUACAGAAACCCAACCAGAGAAAACAGGAGAUGUACACACAGACUUGCCAGCAGCAACGCUUCCUUUACACAGUGUGUCUAAGACAGAGGACUGUGACGACGAUGAGUCAGAGGAUUCAGACAGUGACAGCUCUUCCUCCUCGUCCUCUUCGUCCUCUUCGUCCUCAUCCUCUUCUUCUCCCCCUGCCCCCGUUUUUGAGGAUGAUGAUGAGGGUUUCAGCCAACCGGCACCCAUCAAAACCAGGGAUGAAGUCCUGCUCGAGGAGCUGCCGGCAGUGGAGGAGGUGUCAGUGUCAUUACCAGAAGAUGCAGAACUGCAGCCUGUAGGAACAAUCUCCAGUAUUAUACAGCAACUUGUUAUAAUCCAGUCUCUGAAAGACACGCCCCCUCUGACUGAUGACAGCAUCAUCUUUAGAUCUGAUAGGCUGGCUGUUGGCAAGGUGUUUGAGGUGUUUGGUCCAGUGUCCAGUCCGCUGUAUGUUUUACGUUUUAACUCUGCGGACGAGAUAAGCAGCAAGGGGCUGACGGACGGACUGACUGUUUAUUACACACCGGCCAUCAAAGAGUACACAAAAUACAUCCUCACGCAACAGCUCAAAGUUUUUAAGGGAUCUGAUGCAUCCUGGAAGAAUGACCAAGAACCACCAGAGGAGGCUUUAGAUUAUAGUGAUGAUGAGAAAGAACAGGAAGCGAAGAGGAAAGGGAAGAACUCCAGAAAGAAGAGGGACAAUAACAACACAGAUAAUCCUACCCACGUUACCCAGAACACCUUGCUACAGCAGCGUAAUGCCAGAGGUUUCCCACCAAGACAUGCAGGAGCUCCACUCAGGCACCAGAACCCGAGGAAUAAACAGCCACAGUUCAGCCACACAGCCGCUCCACCCAGACACGUACUCCCACCACCCAGACACACACAUGUCUCUCCCAUGUACCCCCCCCCUCCCUGCCCCUACCCUCCUCCCCCUCAUCACAUUUUCCCCCCACCCAACUUCCCCCUAUGUGUCCUCAGGAUAGAAAUAAGAGCUUUGAGACGGCCUUCACGGAGGAUGGACAGAACCACUUCCGGUUCAUCAGAGGACCGAGGAGCUAUCCAAUAA